UCUGCGGACUUCUGUACAGGCAGCCCAGAAACCCAGUAAACCUGGGACAUCGAAUGGACUUAAUAAGCUGAGUCGUUUGGAACAGAUGGAGCAAGAGGAGUCACUGGACAGAGAGGACCCCAGAGAAUACUGCCAUGGGGGGUACCAUCCUGUUCACAUUGGAGACACCUUCAACAGGAGAUACCAGGUUGUGUCUAAGUUGGGCUGGGGAUAUUUCGCCACUGUUUGGCUCUGCUUGGAUCUCAGGUUGGGCAGGCGAGUGGCCGUGAAGGUUUUGAAGAGUGGAGAAGGAUUCACACAGGCUGGUCAAGAUGAACUGACUCUGCUACGUUGUGCCAGUGGUCCCACGGCUCGUCACCCACACAGCCGGAGAAUAGUCCAACUGCUGGAUGAGUUUAAGAUAGCUGGGGUCAACGGAGUCCAUGUAUGCUUAGUGCUGGAGCUGUUAGGACCAGACCUCUGCUGUUGGCAGGUCUGUUUUGGGAGCCCAGGACUAUCGCUUUCCUGGGUCAAACAGGUCAUUGCUCAGGUUCUUCAGGCGUUGGACUACCUGCACACUCAAUGUAAAAUCAUCCACACAGACAUCAAGCCUGAAAAUAUACUGCUUUGUUUGGAGGAGCAGAACCCAAAACAGACAGCAGGGGGCAGUGCAUGUCCUCCAUUCCCUGGGAAGUCGAUGAGUAGAGCAGAGAAGGACCUGGUGACUCCCAACAGUCUGGAGGAGGUCACAGUAAAGAUUGCUGACCUGGGAAGCUCCUGUUGGGUGUACAAACAUUUCUGUGAGGAGAUCCAGACCUGUCAGUACCGCUCACUAGAGGUUCUACUGGGCUCUGACUACGGCCCACCAGCAGACAUCUGGAGUGUAGCCUGCUUGGCGUUUGAGUUGGUCACUGGAGAUUCAUUGUUUGAGCCCAAAGCUGGGAAGACAUUUUCCUUAGAGGAAGACCACAUCGCUCAUAUAAUUGAACUCCUUGGCAAAAUCCCAGCAGCAGUAGCCUUGUCUGGGAAAUAUUCAGUGGAGUACUUCAAUCGCAGAGGAGAACCCUUUCCGAUUUCAGGUGAAAUGAAUCGUAUCGGGGUGCUGCGGUCCUGGGGUUUGUAUGAGGUGCUAGUGGAGAAAUACAACUUCCUGCUGAAGGAGGCCUCUCUGUUCUCUGACUUCCUGUUGUGCAUGUUGGACUUCCAGCCCAAGAGGAGGGCCAAUGCUGCCCAGUGUCUCCUGCACCCAUGGCUUAGCUCCUGAGCCCUGGCCUUGGAGACCUGAUAGCCCCUCCCGUGAGCCCCCCUCCCCCACCCCCCGUUGAGCCAAAUUGAUACGUAGUUAGUAGAUACAUGUGUUACAAGCAUUUUGCUACACUCGCAUUAACAUCUGCUAACCAUGUGUAUGCAACAAAUAAAAUUUGAUUUGAUUCGUUAGUGUACCUGCAGAAACAAACUGAAUGGUGCUCAGUCGCUAAGACUAGGAGAGGAUAUACGUAAUCGUAGUAGGAAUGGUUGUUGCAAAUACAUAAAGGGAACAUAAAGGGAAUUUAAAUAUUUAAUAUGUAUAUGCUUGUAAAUUCAAAGUUAUUAUUAUUUUUCCAUUAAAAGUUCCCUCUGACAUA